CAUACUAUCCUCCUUGUGCUCACAAAAUCCCUUCCCUUUCUCUCUCUCUCUCUCUCUCUCUCUCUCUUACAACCUAGAAAGAAAUAGGCCACCACCACCCUCUUUUCUUGAUCUUCUUUGUUCCCACAAACCAGCCAACCUAUUCGUGUAUGAGCAUGAACAUUUGUGAUUAGAGAGUUUGUUGAACAGCUCCGUUUGCCACUGUCAUACAAGAUAAAAAUAUAUAUAUAUACAUACACACAUAAAUGAUGGCUUCUCCAUCAGAACUAAGCCUUGAUUGCAAGCCUCACCACCACAGCUAUUCUAUGCUGCUAAAAUCUCUUGGAGACCACACAGAUCAUACCCAAAACCUUGAGGAUUUCCUCUCUCAGCUCGAAGAAGAACGGCUCAAGAUCGACGCGUUCAAGCGCGAGCUUCCCCUCUGCAUGCAACUCCUCACAAAUGCUAUGGAGACUUCAAGGCAGCAACUACAGACCUACCGGGCAAAUCAAGGGCCACCACGACCGGUGCUUGAAGAAUUCAUACCCCUAAAACAUUCAAGCUCUGUAUACUCAGAGAAGGCAAACAUGUUCGAUCUAUGGAGCCAAGCAAGUGAUGGACCCAAGCCACAAUCCGCAAAAACAUCUCCUAAAGAAACUGAAAUUGGAUUCGGUGGUAGUCCUCCCAAGCUGGCUUUAGAUAACAAACCAAGAAAUGGAGGAGCCUUUCAUCCAUUCUCGAAAGAAAGAAAGUACUCGUGCCCAAGCCCGACAUUAAGGAGUCUCCCCGAUUUGGCUCUUGCAUCAGUAGACGAAGAGAUGGAGGAUAAGAAAUGUUCAGAGGUUGAUAAUGGAAUCACUUGCUCGAGGAGAGAAAAUUUGGGUAAGCCCCGGACAGGCGUUAUCGAGCAAGUACAAGGAGGUAGUGUUCAGACAGAUACGCAAACUACUACUGUCGGUACUGGCACCACCACCACUACGAGUCAAACUCAUAGGAAAGCAAGAAGGUGCUGGUCGCCAGAGUUGCACCGGCGGUUUGUGAAUGCCCUUCAAGUGUUAGGUGGUUCUCAAGUGGCCACACCAAAGCAAAUCAGAGAGCUGAUGAAGGUUGAUGGUUUGACCAAUGAUGAAGUGAAAAGCCAUCUCCAGAAAUACAGACUGCAUACCAGACGACCAUGUCCCAGCCCACAAGCUGCAGGCAUCGCACCACCCCCGGUAGUGUUCUUAGGAGGCAUAUGGGUCCCAUCAGAGUACGCCACUGCAGCAGCAGCGGCCCACGGUGGUGCACCACCUACCCUGUAUGGUGCACUCCCUACCACCCAUGCCUCUCCACACUACUGUCCUCAACCACUGCCCCAAGAGUUCUAUACCGCUCCACCACCACAACAAUUGCACCACCACACCCUCCACCACCAGCUCCACAUGUACAAGGCCUCCUCACAGAACCAGAGCUCCCCGGAUUCUGAUGUCAGGGAAGCUGGGGACCGGUCUGAGAGCAUUGAAGACGGGAAGUCUGAGAGCAACAGCUGGAAAGGGGAUAGCGGUGGCGAAAAUGGUAGCGGAGGAGAGAGAAAAGGGUUGGCAAUAUUGAGAGAGGAAGGUGAAGAGAGCAAUGAAAGUGAAAUCACUCUCAAGUUCUGAUUAGGGUUAGGGUUGGAAUUUUGGUUAAUUAAAUCUAUUUUCUAUAUUGAGGGGUAAAAUGGGCAUAAGGAAAAAGUGAGUGUCUGUUUUGUUAUUAUCCAAUUAUUAUCCAUUGUAUGCUUUUUCAUGUCCUUGUUUUUUUUUUUUCAUGAAUAUUGAAGAUUGGAUUUAUAUGGUUUUUUUUUUUGGUCGUUUUAUGGUA